AAAUAUCACGGUAUAGAGCCAAAAAUUGCAAGGAAGGAUGGUCUUGUACUUGUACGAGAAAUGGCAGAAGAAGUGACAAAUAUGAUGGAUUUCAAAAUAGACGCCGUUAAGAGGAUAAUGGAGAGUGCUGAACAAGCAGCUGUAUCUGGUCCCAGAGAUGGCAGUAAUUCGCCACGAUAUUACUCUUCACAUCGAUUAAAUGCAUUUACCGAAGAUGAUAAAAUGGACCAUGAAGCUCGAGAAAUUAUUCUAUCACCCAAUCGUCACUUUGACCACUUAGCGGUCAAUCUCAGUUUAUCAGCUGUAAUGCUGCCUCCAGAAGUGAAAGAUACUGACAGCGAUAUAGCCGCGGGUAUUCAAUGGAGCGAAUUCCUGGAUCCAUCGUUUAUCAAUAACUACGAAAGUGACCCAUCACUAUCAUGGCAGUACUAUGGAGCCACUUCAGGAUUUUUACGACGCUUUCCUGCAACAUCUUGGCCACCAAUUGAUACGUCAAAAUCGCCAACGAUAUCGAAGAACGUUCGUGACAUCUACGACUUUCGUUCUUCUGACUGGUUUGUGGGAGGUGCUACCAGUCCAAAGGAUUUAGCUAUAUUGAUCGAUAGUAAUAACUAUGCAUCCGCUAAAUUUCGCGAUUUAACGAUUGCAACAGUGAAUGCAAUCUUGGAUACUCUUGGUCCAAAUGAUUAUGUAAACGCAUAUCGAUAUGCGGACAGUGCUGAAGAAAUCGUCCAAUGUUUCAAGGACAGCCUUGUUCAAGCAUCACCGGAUAAUAUCAGAGAACUUAAACUAGCUAUGAAUACAAUAAAAGCAGACACAGCUACGAACAUAUCUGCAGCGUUUGCCACCGCUUUCGAGAUUUUACAAAAGUAUAACAGAACUGGUCAGGGCAGUCAGUGUAACCAGGGAAUCAUGUUAAUUACACAUGAUAGUGCAAAUGUCCCUACGGAACUGAUUAAACGAUAUAACUGGCCACAUAUGCUCGUUAGAAUUUUCACAUAUCUUAUUGGAGGAGACAGAAGUCCAGAAAUCCAAAAUAUGGCAUGCACCAAUAAAGGGUUUUAUGCAAGAAUUACAAGUCACGAAGAUAUUAAAAAUAAAGUAUUCGAAUAUAUAAAAAUAUUAGCGCGACCCAUGGUGUUGUAUCAACAUGAUCAUCCGAUUCAUUGGACACCCGUCUAUGUUGGUGGAAAG